AUGGAAUAAAUUAUUUAGAAUGAUAAUUUAGUGUUGUUACAAUAAAAAAUAUUAAGCUAUCCAAAAACAUAUGAGGAUCUUAAAGUACUUUUAAUAUAUAUGAUAAGACGAUAGCAUCAAUAAUAAAAGUUACAUAAAUUUUCAACAAAUUGAAUGAACUUUAUCAUCAACAACUAUCAUAAGAAGGGUAAAUCAAAGUAAAUUGAUAUGAUUUGAUUAGCUCUGCAAUUAUUUAGAAAUUACAAAUUAUUAACUUGAUUAGUAAGUGUAACCAAGUUAAAAUUCUGCUUUAUAACUUAUUCUAAAAGGAUAAGUUGAAGUUUAUUUUUUGGAAGAGGGAUAUAUCUAUUAGCAUGAAAAAUAUCUCACAACUUUAGAUCCACUAUUUUAUAUAGAAGAAGAUUUUUAAUUUGACAAAAUAAAAUAUCAGCAAAACCAACUAUUAUAUAAAGCUUCAAUCAAUAAUUCAAUAUUAUUAACUAUUAAUAAAAAAGAAUGUGAUGAAAUUUUUAAAUAUUAUGGAGAGAUAUUUUUGUUUAAACAUAGAACUUUAUGUAAAAUAAUACCAGGUUUGGGAGAAUUAAAUUCUAAAAGAAUAUUAGAGUCUCUUGCCAAUCAAUUUGAAAAUAUUAUCCUACCAAAUUGCACCAUAAUUACAGAGUAAUAGAAUAAGUUUAUUUUAUUUAAGGGAAAAUCAGAUUGGGGAAUAUCUCUUUUUUUUAGCAUAAGGCCAUGUAUCAUUUCAAAAAAACAAAGAACAUAUAUUUAAUAUGGAAGAAAGUGGAAUUAUUGGAGAUGAAUUAUUAAUUGAUCCUGAUCAAGAUUAAAAUAGUCUAUAAACUUAUUACUAUACUGUGAUUGCUAAUUCAGCAUAAGUUUUAUUAUAUAGAAUCAAACUAAAGAUCUUUUCACGUUUAUUUCCAAAUGCUAUUAUCAGGCAAAUCAUUACUUAACAUAAGUGUAUAAAUUGAUCAUUUAUUUUUAGAGAAAUAAGUAAUAAGAUUACUUGUAGGAAGCAAACCAAUUGAAAAACAAAAAUUUAAUACUUCACCAACUAAUGAAAUCAAGAAAUCUAAAUCAACUUUGAUACUAACAAAAGACUCAAUAAAGGCUUAUGAUAAAGUAGAUAUAAUAUUUUAAUAAUAUCAAGUAUAAAUUCUAUAAUAAAUUAGGUACCUAAACAUAGUAGAGUAUUAAAGUUUAAUAAUAAUUUAAAAGAAAAGUAUAAUAAAAAGUUUAAAAAAACAGGGAAAAAAAUUACAAUAAAUGAAUUUGUAUAAUAGACAAAAUAGAGUGAUGUACCUUAAAUGAAAUUAUUGGAAAAAGUUGAAAAUCCAUAUAAUUUUGCCUCAAAUGUAAACACAGAAGGGUUUCUAAAAAAAUAUUAUUCAAAUCUUAUAAGGAUUGGAUUAGUAAAGCCUCCUUUAAGAAUAGCUCCUUAAAAUUAGGAAGCUAUUCAAAGAUCAAGAGUAAUUUCAGCAAUGAAAUUAAUAGAACACACUCAUAAUUAAUUAAAACCAAAAAGAGCUACAAGUGCUGCCUUUGGAAAAGCAGAUCCUUUACUUUCAAUAAAUGCUUUAGUGUCUACAAAAGAGAGCGAAAUCAAUGUUAGUACUCAGAAGCAACUUGAAAAAAACAAAACAAUGACUACCAUCUAUCCUACACCAAGAACAUAAUCAUAACCUUAAUUAGGCUACCAUACAAAUGUUACUCCUAGAUAUUCAUCUGUUAUGGAUACACCUAAAUGCGAUACUCCUUAAUCAAGAUCAACUAUGGCAAAAUCAUCAUAACAAGUUUUUAGACCAUAUUCUGGAUUUAUGGAUCAUACUUCACGUUUGUCUUAAUAAUCAGAAAUCAAUAAAAGAUUAAAGAGGCCAAACCAAAUUUUUUUUUGA